UAUUACACAGAGCUUAUUUUUGCUUCACGAUUUCGUCUACGUAAUUCCUGUCUAUCCCACUAUUAUGUCAUUGGAGCCAAUCACUGAAUCGAUGAACUAUUGCACAAUAUCUGUACAAAAGUGAAGCGUGGGAUAGUCGAAGCAUAGUGCAUUACUGUACUAUUACUAGACUCUAUUUGCUAAACGUUUGAAGCGAUUGUUUCGAAAUGGCCAUAACAACUACAGACAAAACCUAUGUCGCUGCUGUUGGGCGAGUGGCUUAUAUUGGCAGCCUUUUCAACUGCAGGACAAAUAGCUUCUUAAAUUUCAGACUGUUUUCCAAGCCAUUGGAUGAACAAAUCAUAGAAACAACAGACAACUGGCAUUCUAACAUCGAGAUGACCAAGACCAACAGCUUCAAUGAGAAAUUUGACAUGCUCAGCAUCGCUGCUGAGCUUAGACUGAGCAUCUUGUGCGGUUUAAUUGAAGUCGGUGGCAGUGGCCGCUUCCUGAAAGACGUUAAGAAGAGUGCUCGAGCAACAAAGGCAAGUUUAGUCUAUUCCGCCACAACGAAGUACGAUGAGAUCAACAUCAUUGACGAGCGUGUCAAAAAGUGCAUCAACUAUAAUAUGUUGAGCAGCACGGAUGCAACUCAUGUUGUAAUUGGAAUCAGUUGGGGUGGAAACGUAAUCAUUUCGGUCGAAGAUAGCAAUUCUGAAGGAAAAGAAAAGCAAACCAUCGAAGGCAAUAUGCAAGCGGCCGUUAAGAAAUUUAGAGACUCAUUUGAAGUGAAUGGCAGCGGUUCGGUGAACAUUGACGAAUCAGUGGUGGAAGAAAUGACAAAUUUCAAAUUCGAGCUCUUUGGAGACCUGUUGAAUGACACCAAUCCUCAAACUAUUGCUGAAGCUCUUGAAAUUAUCCGGCUCGCACCCACGAGUAUUAAACAAGCUAACAACGGAAGAGGAAAAGCAGUGGCAUACACUCUCGUUCCAAUUCAAAAAUUGAGAGACAUUUUGCACAUAGACCGCGAUGUUAGUGAGGUUAUAAAUCAUAUUAGCAGUGAAACUAUUCGGAAAGUGGUUUCGUUAUUCGACGACAUGAACAUUGCUGAACAGAAGUUGAACGACUUGGUGAAUGAUGUGAAUAGCUUUGCCGUCUAUAUUGAUCCAAUUCAGCUUGAACAAUUGAAUGAACUGCAAAAUAACUACGAGUUCUUUCAACAUAAUAUCCGCGAUAAACUAGCAAAGCUUCUGAACACAUCAGUUGAGGUGAAAGACAUCGUAUCACUCGUAGAACAAACGGUCAACAAAGCAAAAAGUGAUGAUCUCUCUCCAAAGCGAAUCGAAGCUCGUGUGCGUCAGUUGUACGUUUUGUAUCGGGAAAUUGACUUUGUCAGGAAUUUGAUGGGACAGAAUGUUGAAAUGCUGGACGUGAAAACUGAUUUUAAAUGGUACCUGCUGAGAAACAAACAACGAGAUGUUAUCGUGAUGUGUUACAAUUUUCAGCAAACCAUGGACGAGACGAUGGAGACAUUUGUUCAGUUGAAGACUAGAGAGUAUACAAAACGUCCUUUGUUUGCAGCGAUCAAUCUGUGCUUGGAUGGUGUCUCGACAACAUUGGCUAGGGAAGAUAAAGUGCCAUCAGUAAGAGUGUUCCGUAACGCGAAUGAAGUUCAAAUUAGUGACUUGACUAGUUCUGAUGAUUCCGAUAACGAUGCUGACAUAUAUGUACCACUCAUUCAGAACGAGGUCAACAUUGAUACAGAGCUCAGUACGCUGGCUGACAUUUCGAGGGUGACACAAUACUUUUUAUUUAACGAAAAGUAUAAAUAUUUUCAUUACUAAAAUCUUAGGUAAAAAAACAAAUUCUCCACUUUUCAUUACUUAAGUUAUUUUAAGGUAUUUUUUGAUCUUGUGACUUUAGUGUUGAGAUUUUUAUU